CAUUUUAGUGGGGCAGAAAAAGGAUAUAAAAGCGUAUAUGCAAAAUAACCAAAAGCCUUUGGCCUAGAUAAGGUGCUGCUGGCUCCGGGCUCAGGACAGGACUCCGUGCCCCAAUUCCCUCCUUCCCGCACUCCCCCCUCCCCGCCGCAGGAAAUCCAGGCCUCUUCCUCAGCAAACUCUGGCCGCUUCUGCACGGUACCGCACCACGACCUCAGCCUGUUUCUCCCGCUGCUAGGGACGGCGGGCGCCCGGCGACAGGAGGUGUGGCGGCCCCUUUAAGCAGCGAAGCUCGUGUUGCAAUCGCAGCCUUGGGAACCGGUCCUUUCCGGGGGGUGGAGCCUGUGCCAGUAGCGGCGGCCAACCAAAGCGCGGCAUUUUCCGCGGGAGAUCCGAAUUUCGCGGCACGCAGUUUGGCGCUAAAAAAAAAAAAAAAAAAAAAAAAGAGAGAGAGAGAGAGAAGAAGGAAAAAAAAGAGGCAGAGAAAGACUUGGGGACCAGAGAGCCAGGCGAGAGGGAGUCGGUGCAAUCGGCCCCUCUUUCCCGUCCGAGCGCAUCGCUUCUCCUCCGAGCCCCCGGCGACCCCAGAGACCCCUACCGGGAGCCAGCCAGACCCCAAGCGCCGAGGCCUUUCGGGGGCGCGGGGCCGUCCCGGGUCGCCGUCGCCCUCGGGGUGGGACAGCCACUGGCCGUGCCGCCGCCGCCGCCGCCGCGGGGCGAUCUCCAAGCGGGGAUCUCCAAGCGCUGCUCAGCUCGGCCGCUGGCCAGGAGGGGAGGGUCCGGCCUUGCCCCGCAGGCGUCCAUUGGCGGCUUUCCCCGGCCUCCGCGCCAUGCCUCGGGCGGUGUGAGCCUCCGCGGGCUCCGGAGCCCGCAGGUGCCUGCGGGCGCGCCAGGCCGGGUUGAGGAGGGGGCGUUGCGCUCGCCAUGCUGCGAGGGCCCCGGGCCCUGGCUCCAGCCGCCCGGCCGCCCUCGAAGGGACUGCACGCGAUGAGCCCUACCGAGCUGUGGCCGCCCGGCCUCAGCAGCCCCCAGCUCUGUCCGGCCACCACCACCUACUACACCUCGCUGUACCCGCAGACUGUGCCUCCCACUGCGGCGCCCGGCACCUGCCUCGACGCCACCCCCCACGGACCGGAGGGCCAAGCUGUGCGAUGCGUGCCGGCUGGCCGGCUGCCGGCCAAAAGGAAGCUGGACCUGGAGGGGAUCGGGAGACCCACGGUCCCUGAGUUCCGGACUCCCAAGGGGAAGUGCCUUAGAGUGGACGGUCUCCCCAGCCCCAGAACCCCCAAGUCCCCUGGAGAGAAGACUCGUUAUGACACAUCGCUCGGGCUGCUCACCAAGAAGUUCAUUUACCUCCUGAGUGAAUCCAAGGAUGGGGUCCUGGACCUGAACUGGGCUGCCGAGGUGCUGGACGUGCAGAAACGGCGCAUCUAUGACAUCACCAACGUGCUGGAGGGCAUCCAGCUCAUCCGCAAGAAGGCCAAGAACAACAUCCAAGGCAGGGGAAUGUUUGAAGACCCCACCCGGCCCGGGAAGCAGCAGCAGCUGGGGCAGGAGCUGAAGGAGCUGAUGAGCGUGGAGCAGGCCUUGGACCAGCUCAUCCAGAGCUGCUCUCUGAGCUUCAAGCACCUGACGGAGGACAAGGCCAACAAGAGACUGGCCUAUGUGACUUACCAGGACAUCCGUGCUGUUGGCAACUUUAAGGAGCAGACGGUGAUCGCUGUCAAGGCCCCUCCACAGACAAGACUCGAAGUGCCCGACAGGAGCGAGGAGAACCUGCAGAUAUACUUGAAGAGCACCCAGGGGCCCAUCGAAGUCUACCUGUGCCCAGAGGAGGUGCAGGAGCCCGACAGUCCUGCCAAGGAGCCCCUCCUGCCGACCUCCACCCUUGGCUCCAGCCCUGACUCCACCCAGCCCAGCAGCAGCACGGACCCUGGGAUGACAGAACCCGUGGCAUCCCCAGCACCAGCGCUGACGCCCCAGCAAGUCCCGCAGCCACCAGCGCCCCCGCCCCUGCCGCUUGUCCCCCUGGAGGCCACUGACAGCCUGCUGGAGCUGCCGCACCCACUUCUGCAGCAGACCGAGGACCAGUUCCUGUCCCCGAGCCUGCCGUGCAGCUCUCCCCUGAUCAGCUUCUCCCCGCCCUUGGACCAGGACGACUACCUGUGGGGCCUGGACGGGGGUGAGGGCAUCAGUGACCUCUUCGACUCCUACGACCUUGGGGAUUUGCUGAUUAAUUGAGUGGCCUUGCCUGUCCCAGCAACCUGCCCUUGGCUCUACCUCGGCACAGACGGACAGGCCCUCUGCCCACGUAGGGACGUGGGACACAAGGUGCUGCCCUAGGGAUGGAGGGGGUCCUCUUUUCUUUCUCACCCCCCCCAGCCAGCUGAAGCUAUCUUGGAGAGAGGUUUUGGGUGAGGAGUGUAUUAGGGGUCGGGUCCUCUCUUUCCUCAUAGAAGCUGGGCCCAGGAAGGCCCAUCUGGCUUCUGACCUCUGACCUCUGACAUGAAGGGCCACAGGUGGGACAACCAGGUCCAGGGAAAGGCCCUCCCCUCGCCUUUUGAGGGAGGUGAAUUAGGACCCUGAAUUUAUCAAGAAGCACUUAAUGCCUUUGUAUUUAUUUCAGGUUGAGUUUUGUUUGUUUGUCUUCCUUGAGUUUUUAGCAGGGAGAUUGUUCUAGUUUCUAGUAAGACUUCUCAGACGGGCCCAGUGCUGUCCACGGUCCGAGGGCAGCCCAGGGCUUCCUGGGCCCCAGGCCAGUCCCCAAUUUCCCCGUAGCUGUAGACUGGGUCUCUGGGGGCUGUCCAAUCUGCUAGAACGCUACUUGCACCUCGGCCUCGUAAUUCUAGUAAGUGGUGGCCACAGGCCCUUCGGCUCCUCCUGCCCAUCCUCUCCCGCUGAGGCACCAGCCUUGGGUUCCUGGCCUCCUCUGUCCCAGGGAUGGUUGCAGGGAGCCCUCCCGGGGAGGCGGCAUCAAGGCUCCAGGUGUGGAGACCCACUUCUGUGGAAUCCCCUACCUCUCCAUUCCCUUAGAACAGGAAAAACCACCUUCCAGGGAGUCAGCACUGAAAGGUCCCCCUCCCCAGGGAAACACAGACAGGAAUGUGGAAGCAGCUAGAGGGCACCAUUUGUGCCUCUGCUUGGGACAGGGGCUGUCUUACCCUGAGUACCUGGGAGGGAGUGGCAGCCCCAUAUAGAGAAAGGUGGGGUUAAAGCAAGAAACUGCCAGAAAGCAGCCCCUCUGGAAGCUGCUCUUAUCAUCCUCCCCUUCCCUGGAAGGAUUUGUUUACUGAAGGGAGUAAUUCUUUAAGGAUCUCUUCUUCUCGGCAGCUCUCACACAGACGCCCCCCCCCCCCCCCUGCACCCCAGGACAGAGGUAACCAGGGCUUGGUGGCAUUUUAGCUCAUUUUGUCACUGGAAUGCCGAAGGGCUGGCAGAGUGUUUAUUGCAGACCAGACCUUUGCCCUGAUGGGGAGAGGGGCUUAUGUUACCUCUUGAGGCUUAGGGUCCUGAGAAGGAUUCUUGCCCUGGCCUGCUCCCCGCCCCCAGAGGCUUGACCAUCCCACAGUGUCUCUGCAGCCCACUUGGGUGUGAGGGAUGAGGUCAGCUCUCUUCCCCACCCAAUGUGGGGCGGGGCUGCUCUGGACUGAACCAAGGCUGUGCCCUCUGGAGAGAGGCAGCCAGGAAUGGUGGUCUUAGAGGCCCACCACCUACCCUCAGGGAGCUAGGUUUCCUCAGGGGCUUGGCUGGGCAGCACUUUUUUUUUUUUUUUUUUUUAAGUUUGUAGCAUUAAGUUGGUUUUAAAUAUGAAGUUGGCCUCAUGGGAUGGCUCCUGAGUUACCCAGAAGCUGGCAUCUGAAGCUGGGGAUGUGGGCUUCUUUGGGGGUGGGUCUGGUGUGAGUUAAUGCUUGCAUGGGGACAGCGUGCCUUGUCAUUUUCACAACUUCCCGGGCCCCUGACUGUGCCCUCUCAGGAACAGAUGUCCCGCUCUGGAAACAGGGUUUAUUUUGUAGGCUUUACAGACAUGCUGUUGGUGUCCCCUCUCCAGAUACUCACAGAGGUGUCAUCAGAAGCCUGCUUGGAAGCCCACUAUGUCCAGGGGCAAGGGACUACCUCAGCCCUUGGGCAGGGGACAGGAGUGUUGCUUGGAAUCCUGUUGGGGGCCUGUGGGGCCUAGAUGGCUUCGCUGUUCUGAGGUGUCUGGGCUGCCGUUUAGCUAUGUCCCAUGUCUGAAGACAGAGACGUUUGACUUCCAUGCCUUUGGCUCUGUCUAGAAUCUUCCAGAAUUAAAUCAGAGAAAAGAGAGACGAGGCCUACAGGACUCACUGGGAACGGGUUUACUAGUAAAGUCUGGCCAGAAUUCAAGCUCAUUCUCCAAAUGCUGGGCUGUAGUGCUGGACAGAGGGGCUGCCCCUUGGGCCCAUGGUCUGUACCCUGAGCAGCUGUCCCUGUCCAGUGCUAUCCCCUCCACACCCUGCCUGGCCCCUGGGGCUGGACCGCCCAGGCCAAGCCUCAGGCUGUGGGGGG